UUUAAGGUAAACUACCUAAGGUAUAUAAGAGUCAAUAAAUUGGGCAUUGUUGUAUGUAUACUUCCGAUCCAUUAUGCUAGCACUCUCUUACGUCACUUACAUAGACAUAUCUCUAUUUUAAUUUAUUGCACAUGUAUUAUACAGAUCUCAGGUUUAUAAGUGAAGCAUACCAAAUAAUUUAAGAUAAAAUGACAAGAUGACAUCCCUACCAGAAGACCAACAAAGAAACUACGAGAUCUUCCGGGAUUGUCUCUCAACCGCACUUAUAGAGAAGAUCUCACGACCCGAGCCAAAGCCAAAACGGAGAUCCAAGUCUAAGAAACGCACUUCUUCUUCCCCAGCAUCAACACAAGACACCGCAGACACAGAUCUCAACAAUGCAGACGAUUUAGUCGAUUUUGUAGACUACAUCGCAACCGAAACUUUCCGCGCCCUCCCUAAAGAACUCAAGACCGUUGAUUAUCAUGAAUACACCAAAGACGCUACGCUCCAAGCGCGUUUCGCCCACCGCCUGCCUCUCACCGGCGCCGAUACCCCAACCAUCCUCCCAACCCUCGACCCCGCCAUCGCCGAUUCCCUCUCCACAUACAGCAUAACCAGCGAACCCACACAAGGCCCCGACGAAUUCCUCGCUCCCAUCCUAACCGCCUUCCUAUCUUCCCUAGGGACCCCUCCCCGCGCCCCUCGCGCCACUCUCCUCGACGCAGAUGGAUGCGAGCUCUGCGGACGGGACUGGGUCCCGUUAUCGUAUCACCACUUGAUCCCGCGGUUUGUGCACGACAAGGCCGUUAAGCGCGGGUGGCAUCGGGCGGAGGACCUGGAGAAUGUGGCGUGGCUGUGUGGGGCGUGUCAUCGCUUUGUGCAUCGGUUUGCGGGGCACGAGGAGUUGGCUAGACGGUAUUAUACGGUGGAGUUGCUGAUGGGAGAGGAGGGAGUUAGGAGGUGGGUGGACUGGGUAGGGAGGUUGAGGUGGAAGGGGCGGUGAUUUACACUCGGGAGGGCUUGGGCUUGAGGUGUUGUGUGGUAGGUGGGUAUAGGAUGCUUGCUUGUAUAUAGGGCGAUGAUGAUGAUGAUGAUGAUACUAGAGACUCUUCAAGCCCUUGAUUAGGGCUGGGGGAUGGAGGUAGAACUGGAAUCUGUUUUGUGGCUUGUAUAUACUAACGUCUAAUAUUGAACAUAUCGGGCGUAAUAUAGAUUCCUACUUCAUGGCAAAGAAAGGAUACAUGAUGUACCUGUUGCUCAAGCACUGUUGAGA